AUUCCCAACGGCCAGUGAUCUCUGAAGCGACUCUCAGGCUCCCUCUUUGCUCUAACAGACAGCAGCGACUUUAGGCUGGAUAACAGUCAAAUUCUUACCUCGCUCUUUCACUGCUAGUAAAAUCAGAUUACGUUUCUUUCAGUUAUUCUUCAAUCCCCAGUUUCUUGAUCUGUUUCUAAAAGAAGAAGUAGAGAAGAUAAAUCCUCUCUUCAAUACCUGGAAGGAAAAACAAAAUCACCUCAACUCCGUUUUGAAAAAAACAUUCCAAGAUCUUUCAUCAGAGAUUUUACUUGACAAGAAAGGCCAUGUGAGGACAUAGUGAGAAAGCAGCCACCAGUGGCAAGCCAAGAGAGAGCCCUCACCAGGAACCAUUGAGCCAGCACCUUGAUCUUGGAUUUCCUAGCCUUCAGAACUAGAUGAUUUACACAAUGAAGAAAGUACAUGCACUUUGGGUUUCCAUAUGCCUGCUGCUUAAUCUUGCCCCUGCUGCUCUUAAUGCUGAUUCUGAGGAAGAUGAAGAAUACACAAUUAUCACAGAUACUGAGCUACCACCACUGAAACUUAUGCAUUCAUUUUGUGCAUUCAAGCCGGAUGAUGGCCCAUGUAAAGCAAUCAUGAAGAGAUUUUUCUUCAAUAUUUUCACUCGACAAUGUGAAGAAUUUAUAUAUGGGGGAUGUGGAGGAAAUCAGAAUCGAUUUGAAAGUCUGGAAGAGUGCAAAAAAGUGUGUACAAGAGACAAUGCAAACAGGAUUAUACAGACGACAUUGCAACAAGAAAAGCCAGAUUUCUGCUUUUUGGAAGAAGAUCCUGGAAUAUGUCGAGGUUAUAUUACCAGGUAUUUUUAUAACAAUCAGUCAAAACAGUGCGAACGUUUCAAGUAUGGUGGAUGCCUGGGCAAUAUGAACAAUUUUGAGACACUGGAAGAAUGCAAGAACACCUGUGAAGAUGGUUUGAAUGGUUUCCAGGUGGAUGAUUAUGGAACCCAGCUCAGUGCUGUGAAUAACUCCCAGACUCCACAAUCAACCAAGGUUCCCAGCUUUUUUGAAUUUCACGGUCCCUCAUGGUGUCUCGCUCCAGCAGACAGAGGAUUGUGUCGUGCCAAUGAGAACAGAUUCUACUACAAUUCAGUCAUUGGGAAAUGCCGCCCAUUUAAGUACAGUGGAUGUGGGGGAAAUGAAAACAAUUUUACUUCUAAAAAAGAAUGUCUGAGGGCAUGUAAAAAAGGUUUCAUCCAAAGAAUAUCAAAAGGAGGCCUAAUUAAAACCAAAAGAAAAAGAAAGAAGCAGAGAGUGAAAAUAGCAUAUGAAGAAGUUUUUGUUAAAAAUAUGUGAAUUCGUUUUAGCAAUAUAACAUUAAUUCUACUAAAUAUUGUAUACGAAAUGUUUCGCUAUGAUUUUCUAUUUUUUCUUCUACUAAAAUGCUUUUAAUUAAUAUGUUCAUUAAAUUUUCUAUGCUUAUUGUACUUGUUAUCAACA